AUGUCUGCUGCGGCCAGCAGAAACACAUCUCCCUCACCCUCUCCAUCUCCAAUCACCGCAAAUCGACGGGUAGCCAAAUUAAACCUCUACCUUCAAAGAUCCGCUAAAGCCUCAACCGAACAGCUGCAUCGUGGAGCCGAUGCGACCUCCGUCUCUCCCAAAUCUACAUUCAUCAAGAGAUGGGAUGGCAAUCGAAGGACGACCGCCAAGUGGGAUUCUCUACGCAGGGAUUCCGAGCUUUGGCUUCCGAACGGCGACUGUCUUGUCCACUUCAACGAACGAGGCCAGUCCAGGCGAGGGCCUUCUUUGAGACUCUCCCUCGCAGAAAUCGAGUCCAGCGACUGCCGACCCCUUAUUGAGCGUUGCUACGCCCCCUUCGUCCCAGGAACCCCACCUGUAUCUUCAUCAGACUCCGACAAAUUCUCCGACUCUUCGGAGGAGGUCAAGUUCGGAUCAGCAGUUCCACAGCAUGAGCUAUACAUCCCAGCCCCGACACACUUGAGCAGGGAAGAAGCUUUCCAGUACCAUCUGACAACACGGAACUUCUUCGCGUGGAUGUAUGGAAAACCUUUGGUCGGUGGUCGUUUUGGAGAUGCUAUGCUUGCCCUUUUUGGCCGAAUGCAAGAGUUCCGGUCCUCCAACGAAGAUGACAAUCGAUACGACAUCCUCGAAUACAUUGACAGCCAGGGAUACACAGACUUCCGUGAUUGCCCGGAUCACGCUCUGGCUACCCUCCAACUCGCCGAGAGAUUGCAAGACCGUGACCUGUGGACCGAUGCGUUUGUACACUGCGCAGGCAUGUGGGAGCACUUGGAUGAGAGUGUAGAAUUUGAGUAUGUUUCACGCACAUCACAGGCUCUCAUAUCAAGAGCCCAUCUGGAAAUGGAUCUACGACUGGAACGUGCUGGGUCAUCGUUGGGUAACUUUUUGGAGAAUGAUCUAAGUGGCGCGCUCGGGUUAGGAAAGGAAGCUCAAUUGCAUCUGGAACGAUUCAGGUCUUUCUUACACACGUUCUAUGUUGGGCAGCACGGAUACUGGCCACCAACUCCACUGGAUGGCAGUAGCUGUGGAUUGCCAAAAGAAGUCUAUCGCUCGAUGUACUCCGACUUUCGGAAUCUGUACGAAUAUCUGUGCGACCCUACUUCGGGAACCUCAAUCCAAGACAACAAGCCCGUCGACGGCGGAAUUUGUGUCUACCAGAACGUUGUGGCUUUCGACAAGAGGCACAAAUAUACCGCGCUUCCACAUCCGCUUCCUUUGGUACCAAAGGUUCCUGCUCCUGUGAAAAAUCGUUCAACGUUUGGCAGGAUGUUUGGCGGCAAGCGAGCCAACACCGAAAGGCGGCUUUCAGCUUCCGAUGCUCUCUGUGCUGCCUCCAAUCCUUACGAUGAUGGCGUCAUGAAAUGUGGUCUUGUCCGUGGAUAUCUGCGCUUCGAGAAAGAGUGGACCAUGCUGGAGCAGUCAACGGUUUCCUGCGCAGAUGCGCGAAAGGUUCGCUGGAUAUUGGUGUACGCAAUCCUGCAAAUUCUCAUCUCAGUCACCCAGGCGCCGCAAGAAGUCAAAGACACAGAAGGGGUUUCAUAUCCAUUGUGCUGUCAGAUUGGUGGCACGCCGCCUUGGAAGACUGGCGAGAAGAAGUCAACGAGGCCAGCAUUGGCACCUUUCAAGACCGCUUCGCUUAGGGAGAGGCUUCUCGCGCUUGGACCUGAUAUGGACAUCCUUUCCGCCAAGCCAGCCCCUCUCGUGGUGCCACUAAAGAGCAGCAAGAGGUCGUCUUGGACGCCGUCUACCCCACGGAAACAUUCCGUCGUCCACAACAUCCCCCUCAACUCACCCAAGCCAAUCAGGACAGCAUCGUGGGAGAUUCUCAACCAGAAAUUCGGUGAUGUCAGCCCAAUCGACUACACCAAUAGCCCAAUACAACAUGGUGAUGCCGGUACUAUUCAACAGAUUGGCAGCCACCGAUCGAACCCAACCACUCCGUCAACAAGUGAGAACGGAUCAGGCCGGGACGGAUGGAGUGCAAACUCCAGUGAUGACGAAAUGGACCAUCACAGCGUCAAUGGCGGUGACAGUAAUUACGGGGACGAUGAGGACGAGGAGCUUCACGCUACAGGAAAGUCUUCCAAGACCCCAUCCAUGAAAAGGCACUCCUUUGGGAGCUUUCGACCGGCUACCUGCAACCCGGAAGUGGAUCAGUACAUUCGAUCUUGA